GCGUCCCCUCCCGUCCCGUCCCGUCCCUCCCGGCCUCCCUCCCUCCCUCCCUCCCUCCGUCCGUCCGUCCGUCCGCGCCGGCGGAGACGGGAAGCAGGGCGGCGGCGGCGGCGGGAGCGAGGAUGGAGCUGUUCCAAGCCAAGGACCACUACAUCCUGCAGAGCGGGGAGCGCGCGCUGUGGUGCAGCCGCAGGGACGGCAGCCUGCAGCUGAGAGCCGCCACUGAUCUUCUUUUGGCUUGGAAUCCUAUUUGUCUGGGCCUGGUAGAGGGAGUCAUUGGUAAAGUUCAGCUUCAUACAGAUUUACCAUGGUGGCUACUUUUAAUUCGUCAGAAAGCAUUGAUUGGCAGGCUUCCAGGAGACCAUGAAGUAUGCAAAAUAACAAAAAUUGCAGUGAUUCCACUUUCUGAAACAGAACCUCAGGAUCUGGAACUAGAGCUUUGUAAAAAGCACCAUUUUGGGAUAAACAAGCCAGAGAAGAUAACACAGUCUCCAGAUGACUCAAAAUUUUUACUGAAGACCCUUACUCAAAUUAAAUCAAAUGUGUCUGCUCCAAAUAAAAAGAAGAUUAAAGAAAGUAAAGAAAAAGAGAAGCUGGAGAAGAGAUUAUUGGAGGAAUUGUUUAAAAUGUUCAUGGAUUCAGAUUCCUUUUAUUACAGCCUGACCUAUGACCUAACAAAUUCAGUACAGAGGCAGAGCAUGUGUGAGAAAACUAACUUGCCUCUGUGGAGGAAAGUUGAUGACAGAUUCUUUUGGAACAAGCACAUGAUUGAAGAUCUCAUCAGCACUGAUAAUGCUGAAGUGGAUUUCUGGAUUAUACCUAUUAUACAAGGAUUUGUGCAAAUUGAAGAACUUGUAGUAAACUAUAGUGAAUCUUCUGAUGAUGAGAAGAGCAGUCCUGAAACUCCUCAGGAAUCAACUUGUAUAGAUGACAUUCAUCCAACGUUUCUGGUGGCACUUAUUUCACGCCGGAGUCGGCACAGAGCUGGAAUGCGGUAUAAGCGAAGAGGUGUUGAUAAAAAUGGGAAUGUGGCAAACUAUGUUGAGACAGAGCAACUGAUUCACGUCCAUAAUCAUACUCUCUCGUUUAUUCAAACACGAGGCUCUGUGCCUGUUUUCUGGAGCCAGGUUGGAUAUAGAUAUAACCCACGGCCCCGACUGGACAGGAGUGAAAAUGAAACAGUGUCCUGUUUUCGUGCACAUUUUGAAGAACAGCUGAAAAAUUACAAAAAGCAGGUUAUUAUUAACUUGGUGGAUCAGACAGGCAGAGAGAAGAUUAUUGGAGAUGCUUAUCUUAAACAAGUGCUUCUGUACAACAAUGCAAAUCUGACUUACGUUUCAUUUGACUUCCAUGAGCACUGCCGAGGAAUGAAGUUUGAAAAUGUGCAGACAUUGACUGAUGCCAUUCAUGAUAUUAUUCUUGACAUGAAGUGGUGCUGGGUUGAUCAAGCUGGUGUUAUUUGUAAACAGGAAGGAAUUUUCCGAGUGAACUGCAUGGACUGUCUGGAUCGCACCAAUGUGGUACAGGCUGCUAUUGCAAGAGUGGUCAUGGAGCAGCAGCUCAAAAAACUGGGUGUGAUGCCACCAGAACAGCCUUUGCCAGUGAAAUGCAACAGAAUUUACCAGAUAAUAUGGGCAAACAAUGGAGAUGCCAUAAGUCGGCAAUAUGCUGGCACAGCAGCUUUAAAGGGUGACUUCACAAGGACUGGUGAAAGAAAGCUGGCAGGAGUAAUGAAGGAUGGAGUAAAUUCUGCAAACAGAUACUACUUGAAUCGUUUCAGGGAUGCUUAUAGGCAAGCAGUCAUAGAUUUGAUGCAGGGUAUCCCUGUAACGGAGGAUCUUUACUCCAUAUUUACAAAAGAAAAAGAGCAUGAAGCCUUGCAUAAGGAGAAUGUGAGAAGUCAUCAGGAACUGAUCAGCCAACUGUUGCAGAGUUACAUGAAACUGCUUUUACCAGAUGAUGAAAAAUUUCAUGGAGGAUGGGCACUUAUUGACUGUGAUCCAAGUCUCAUUGAUGCCACUCAUAAAGAUGUGGAUGUUCUGCUGUUACUUUCUAAUUCUGCCUACUAUGUGGCCUAUUAUGAUGACGAAAUCGACAAGGUGAAUCAGUACCAAAGGCUAAGCCUUGAUGCUUUGGAAAAAAUAGAGAUAGGACCUGAGCCUACUCUCUUUGGCAAACCCAAGUUCUCUUGCAUGAGGUUGCAUUACAAAUACAAAGAAACAAGUGGGUAUUUUCACACCCUUAGAGCUGUGGUACGCAACCCUGAAGAAGAUGGAAAAGACACUCUUCAGUGCAUUGCAGAAAUGUUGCGAAUCACAAAGCAAGCAAUGGGAUUAGAUGUGCCCAUUAUUGAGAAAAAGCUGGAGAGGAAAAGCAGCAAGCCUCAUGAAGACAUCAUUGGCAUUCGGUCUCAGAACAGAGGGUCCCUGGCCCAAGGCAAGAAUUACUUACUGAGCAAGUUUUCAUCUCUCAAUCAGAAAGUAAAGCAAACCAAAUCCAAUGUAAACAUUAGCAAUCUUCGGAAGUUAGGUAGCUUUACCAAACCUGAAGUGAAAGUCAAUUUUUUAAAACCAAAUUUGAAAGUUAAUCUUUGGAAAUCGGAUAGUAGCCUUGAAACUCUAGAGAAUCCAGUGGUAGAUACUAAAGUCCAUACUGAAUCUGAUAUAGAAAUAUCAGAUAAUGAUUCAUUCCAUUCAGAUGACUUCCUGACUAACUCUAAAUCUGAUGAGGACAACCAGUUAACUGACUCCCUAGAGAACAUAGGACAGACAGACUAUGUGCUGCCUAGCUGUGGUAUCAUUGCUUCAGCUCCCCGAUUAGGCAGUCGGUCCCAGUCUAUAAGCAGCACUGACAUGACCAUUAGCAUUCAUGCUCCAUCUGAGAUCCAUGUCACUCAGGCUAGCACGUCUGAAUGUGAAGACAUACCCAUGCCUUCUGCUGACAAUGUGGAGAUGGAAUUUGCUAAACCUAUUGAUGUGUACUGCCAGAGGUUUGUACAUGAUGCUCAAAAGAUAGCAGAUGUUUUAGAGGCUGAGGCUGGCUCUCAAGAGCUCCAUCAAGUAAUAAAUCAAACCAGCAAUAAUACUUCUAAAAAGGCAGAAACUAGGGCUGAAACAACCAGAGACAUUCCUUCCAGGCCAUCAAAGUUGGACGUACUUUCUUCUGAGCCAGAUCCUCAGCUCUUAGCUGUUGAUGGGACCUAUUCCAGUAAAUCUCAUAAAAGCCCAGGAGCUGCAUCUGGUAUAGUUGAGACAGAACUCCAUAUGACUCCUUCUCCAGCUGACAGUAACAGCAGCAGAGCCGUCUCCCCCUUUGCUAAAAUUCGCAGUUCUAUGGUCCAAGUUGCUAACAUCACACAAGCAGGAUUGACUCAAGGGAUUAAUUUUGCUGUGGCGAAGGUCCAGAAGAGCCCUGUGGAACCAGAAGCUAUAAAUCAAGUCAAGCAAAAAGAACUGAAAGAAAUGUUUAUGCAAUGCCAGACACGAAUAAUUCAGAUUUAGUUGGUAAUUUAGGAAAUGCUCUUCUCGUUGUGGCUUUUAAUACAAUACUAAAAAGAUCACAUCAAAGCUCACUGUAGCAUGAACUGCUACUGAAUACUGGGAUCAAAAACAUAUUUUGUUUACAGGAAGUGUGUGAUGCAAAUGAAUUUGGUUCUGACCAAGCUUCAGAAUUCCCUUAAGCAGCCGAGACAAAAGGGUAAACCACAUUUGAACAGGUAGCCUAGACACUGGGAUUUGUAAGUGUGCUGUCCAUCUUAAAAGUGUUGCACAGGUUUCUUUGAGACUAGUUUUGUAGGUUCUGACUUUAAUAUAGAGUAUUUAUACUAAAAAGGUGAUACUGCACUUCUGUGACCUUACUUACCUUGCACUGCACCAGCAAAAUAACUGAUAAAUUUACAUUUUAUUUAUUUUUGGACUAGUAUUUUUACUUGUUUCAUUGGAAAUUUUAGACACAGCUUUCUAUGAAUUGUGCCUCUACAAUGGGAAUUGAUAUAUUUUUGUUGUAUUUGGGUAUGUUAGCCAGGAAUUUUUUUCUCCUUUCUGCUAUCCUCUUCCUCACUUUCUGGGACACUUAAGGAAAGAUCAAGUAUACUGCUGCAAUUUGAAAUAUCCAUGAUCCUGCAGUGCAAAUUUACUUUGUAGAUUUUUUUUUUUUCCUUUUUGCUGGAUAAGGGGGAAAUGGAGUUAACCUCUAAUUGUCUUGUCCAUGUUAAAGCGAUCUUGUUCCCCCUUUUCACUCCUGUCAAUCUGUGCUUUUUUUUUUUUUUUUGACUCUGUAUAAAGCAAGAUAGUCAACAGAUCUUCAGACAGUGUGGCUCUCUGUGGGAGUGCUAUAAUGUAUGUAGUGGGUUUUUUUGCUAUGCUGUAUUCUAACUGCCCAGAUGCAAAAGCUCAAAUAACUUCUUCCAAAACAAGUAAAGUACUGUUCCAUAAAAUCAGUGUUGACAUUGGAGCAUAGCUGUCAGAAUAUCUAAUCAAAUUCAUUACUAACUCAAGCUUUGCAUACUUGCUGGCUAAGGCUAACCUUCCACUUGUGCUGGGAAUUGGAUAACAAACUUACAUAUGUGUGUGUGUCAAAGGAUUUAGUUGUAUCUAGAUUACUCCAUCUUUCCUGGAUAUGCCUUGCAAUGCCAUUCUAGUAUAGGGCUUUAUCCAAAAGCUAGUAUUAAGCAGGAUCUUACUAUGCUGUGGUUCAUAACUUUACCCACCAUUAUAGAGCCAGUGCCUCUGUGUUCUAGUACAUGUACUGUAGAUAAGCUGCAUGUGGUGUUCUAAAAAGUGUUAUAUUGGUAUUAUAGUGUAUUAAAACUUUUAGUAUCUGAAAUGAUUAUCUACUAAACCUGAUUGUCUGAAACUUUGAUAAACAAGUUUGACGUAUUUAUUUAUUAAAGUGAUGUGGUUUGGGGUUUUUUUUUGAGUGUCUAAACCUGUGGCUAUAUUUAAAAUACUGUUGUAUUUUAAUGUAAGCAAUAUACAUAUUUUAAUAAAAAAGUGAAAUCAAA